GGGUUGUUGCUACUGUUAGGCCUCAUGCAUCGGCCUGUUCACACCCAUCCUCGAAUACCAGAGUCAGUCGCUAGCUCCUCCCCUUGCACAAGCAUCAGUGUCGAGUGUUGUUCUGAAGUUCAGGAUGACCUACACCAAACAGGAUGACAGCUUUAGACAAAGCAAUGUCCGACAGUGUUUUUGAUUUAGUCCCCAUACAAAAAAGUUAAACAGGGCCAGAUGUACCCUAAUGAUGUAAUAAGUUACAUGAGGGAACCAACAGAUGUGUACUUCGAUGUACAUGAUGUGUCUUAAUACACUUCCAUGGGCUUUAUGUUCACGGUGAAGAACGUCCAAGUUCAGUAUGGCUGGCUGUUUCAGUAGCUUUAGGAAAACGAUUCAAAAGGCCAAGACGUUCCCCUCAUGUUUUACGCCGACUAAAGGUCGGAGGACAUAUCUCCCGUCAAAGGCACCGCCUUGUUCUGCUGAGGACUCCCCAGAUAGUGACGCUGGUGAGGACAACCACGUCGUUGAGGUCCACGUUGAGACACGUCGUGAUGAGUCUGGCGAUGAGCAGAGGAGACCUUCCGAUGACAAGACGGAUACCGAUACUGCCGUCUGCUGUCAGGAAAGCAUCCCGAAAGGGUUUGGAAAGCCAGUGCCUGCUGGCUGAAGCAAUGGAGGUGGAACCGGAGACGCUGAUAGAGGUGUACGAGGACAGGGAAAGGGGAUGCCUCUAUGGAAGCUUCGAGGAACCACCGGAGGACUUUGGUUCUAACAUCUCCAAGGGCCAGGAAAAUGGUCGCCACCUUCCCUCCACCAUCGAGGAAGUAGAUGGGCUCCAAGACGACUUUGUCUCCAUCAAUGCCGACGCCGGAGAUGUCAUACAGUUUCACGACUCGCACUUCGGUGGGCCUGCGGUCCAGGCUGCAGGUGUUCGGGUAGAGGAGGUAGAGGUGGACGUCCACAUUGAUGCGCCACGUGAAGCAACGAAAGCAUCGAAAAACUAUGCCAACAGAUCCCUGCUGCACUUGGAUUCGUUGCAGACGGCUAUCGCACUGCACGAAGAGACGGAGAUGGCAAUACACGGACAGUACCUGAAGACCAUCGGGGACGAGAUUAACUCUUCAAAAUCGAAGGCGACAUUAGCCACAUUGGCCCGCCAUUUUCGGUUGCAGAGGUUAAAUGAUGUGUUGAUAGAGAUUGUGGAGAUGGAGUGUGGAUUGGAAAGGUGGCACAAAAUGGUCAAGUCGGAACUGCCACAGAACUUUGAAAGCUGUGUUCAAAAUUCGACGAAAAAGUUGGAAGAGGUGUCAAAGGUUCUACACAAUAAAUGGGUUUCCAACAAGGCCAUCAUCGAUGCUCACUACUGCCUGAAAGACGGGAAAUAUCUCGAAACGAAAAUAGCUCAAUUCCAUGACUCGAUGGAAGAGACACUGAGGGUGUUGUUCGACCUUGUGGGAAAUAUGUCUGAAUGCAGCGAGGAGUACACACACGUUCCCGAAAUACCUUUCAGUAAAUUUUCUAUACAUAAGAAAAUUACUGAGCUGCCUGGAAAAUACGUUGUAGUCCAAUGUUAAGGCAUUUUUACCUGAAGUCGCUUCCAGAUAGAGUAUUUGGGUUUCGUUAUCGCUAAGUUUUAGCUCACAAAGAGAACUAUGAGUCUGAUGCCGCCAAGGACUGUCAGCAUGCUGAUACUCAGAGAGGGCAUGGUGGGGGAGGGGACGUGAUGAGGACGUGACGGAGGGAGGGGGUGCGACAGACAAAGCAUUAUUCAAAGGAAUAGCGUACUAAUAUAUUGAUUAAGGAUAUACAUGUACAUGUGUGUUUGAAGAUGGUGACGCAUAAUUCCUUGUCCAAUAAAAAAUGUGAGACAUCACCGCAUUCCACUGUAAUGUUCCUCAACCGCUGCGUAAAGAUAAAUAGUGAAAGCAGUGACAGGUAGCUGAAUAAUCCCGUUGGGUCUUGUGAAGAAAUAUCAAUCGAUGGCAACUGGUUAUGACUGAUACAUGUAGUGCAAUACCCUUGUUGUUUAGUUGAAAAUGUACAGGAACGUUCAUUGAUGCUUGAGGCGCGACAUCUUGACCGACCGCUAGGAGGCGUUGCUUGUGCGUAGUGUAUUACUAGUAGUGUCUUAGCCGGUGCACAGGUGUCGACACUGUGCUAUAGACCCCAUCUUAAAGCGAACUGGAACCGCCGAGCCAGUUCGUAUGACCUCGUUUUCAUUUCCCGCGUAUCGGGUGAUCAGAACGAGGCAUGAAUGAAACAUGGCGCCCAGCUGUCAAUCAUUGAGUGACGUCACUACUAUGGAAUUUACUACGAAAACUCAUGAAUGAAAGAUCGCAUGACUCACGUGAUUCUCACAUGAUUCUCAAUGAUAACAAAUUGAACUGCGCAUGCUCGGGCACUGGGGGCGGAGCUACAAAUCUGAACUCGAAUAGGAAGUUGGAAGUUUGACUUUCUCGGGCGGUGAAAGUCGAAAAGUUGAAUAAAUCGCUCGGCGGUUCCAGUUCCCUUUAACACUAGAUGCGCUGAUUUCGUUCUGAAAUUUUUUUAUUUCGGCACUGGGGUGAGUUUGCCAUAGACCGUGAUGAUGCCAAUGAAUAUCAUUCUGAGGAAAUCCGGGGUAAAUGUUCGCUUCUCCGGCUCUAAUUUCCUCCGGAUGAUCUGGCAUGGGCGUGAUGCGUUUUUGGUUGGACACAUUUCUUUGGAUUUAGGCUGGGGUUUUUCUGGAUUUUGGCGGGUUUUUCGUGACAAGGGAAUCAUCAUCGGCCGACGAGGCAUAUCAAAUGGUUCAAUAAUGAAGCAAUCAAAUGCUUUAAAACUGAAUUCAUAUUGUAUUCUAACCGUCAUUCAAUAUCAUAUUUUGGAAAAACAUAUCGUCGAACCAUCUUGCAAUAGUAAAAUAAAACGUUUUUCGAACGAAUAUAUAUUGAUUCAUUGGCAAAAUAACAAUGUAUGUAUAUACACGACAAUGGCUACUUUUUCGCCAGACUUUUUCUCUCGGGACAAUAUUCCUUUAUACACCGAAAACUAGGCACUGAAUUUUGAUUUUCAAAAGCCGUUUGCUUUUAUGCAUUAUUAACUCACAAGCUAUUAUAAUCAAAUUAUCAUUUCAAAGUGCAUAUCGGUUUAUACAUGCAUUAGGUGUAGACAGCGCUUUUGGGCAAGGGUACUAGUCAAUUUUCUAGAAGUGCUUCAUGUACAAUAGUAGAUAUUUACAAAUCAUUGUAACAUAUAUGGUAAACCGGGUGUACCUACUCAUAACAUUUUUGUUUGUUUUUUUGUAUUUACUGAGAACGAUCAUGAUCAUUGAAAUGAUUUGUACAAGAAACACAGUAACAAUAAAUUUACAUGUACGA